UAGUGGGCAGCUCCCCAUCCAAUUCGCCUUUGCUUUGCUUCCACUUCGUCAUGUUCGGAAAUAGUAUCUUUUAUUCAUGCAGUAGUAACCAGAAAAUCAAAAAAGAUUUUGUUUCUCUCUCUCUCUUUUAAUUUCAGUUAAUAAUUGCCAAUUACUCCCAAUUAAUUCCUUCCAACAGAUUUCUUCUGAUAAAAUCCUAUUUCACAUCGCUACGAACAGCUCGACAAGCUUCUUUCCGGUAAAGCUGACAGCUAGCGGGCUCCUAUUGGACGGUCACGGACCUUUCACUCUCGCCUUCUUGGCACAUUGUUUCGUCCGUCCGUCUUGAAUCUCGAAGCUUUCUUGCGCGGCGACGGCAGCGGCGCAAUGGCUCACCGGCUGCUUCACGGCACCCUCCACGCCACCAUCUUGGAGGCCGACAAGCUCACCGACCCCACCCGCGCCACCGGCGGCGCCCCUGGGAUCUUCCGCAAGUUCGUGGAAGGGUUCGAGGAGACGAUCGGGCGGGGGAAAGGGUCGACGCGGCUGUACGCGACCAUCGACCUCGGGCGGGCGCGCGUGGGCCGGACGCGGGUCAUCGCCGACGACCCGGUGAACCCGCGGUGGUACGAGGAGUUCCACAUCUACUGCGCCCACUUCGCAGCCGACGUCGUCUUCACCGUCAAGGCCGAUCAGCCCAUCGGCGCCACGCUCCUCGGCCGCGCUUACCUCCCCGUCCGCGACCUCCUCGACGCCGCCGGCAAGGAAAUCGAGCGCCGGCUCGACGUGCUCGACCCGGGGAAGAAGAAGCUCCCCCACGGGCCGACCAUCCAUGUCCGCCUCAGGUUCUGCGAUGUCGCUGCUGCCGAGGGCCGCCGAGAGUGGGGGCGGGGUAUCGGCGGCCUGCGGUUCCCCGGCGUGCCGUACACCUUCUUCUCGCAGCGGCCCGGGUGCAAGGUCACCCUGUACCAGGACGCGCACACCCCGGACGCGUUCGCGCCCAGGAUCCCGCUCUCCGGCGGCCGGAUGUACGAGCAAGGGCGGUGCUGGGAGGACGUCUUCGACGCCAUCAGCGACGCGCGCCACCUGGUGUACGUCACGGGAUGGUCGGUGUACACGGAGAUCACGCUCCUGCGUGACGGCGCCCGGCCGCCGCGCCCCGGCGGCGACGCCACCCUGGGCGAGCUCCUGAAGCGCAAGGCCAGCGAGGGCGUGCGCGUGCUCAUGCUCGUCUGGGACGACCGCUCCUCCGUGGAGUCCAUCGGCUGGAAGCAAGGGUACAUGGGCACGCACGACGCCGAGACGGCCGACUACUUCCGCGGCACCGACGUGCACUGCGUGCUCUGCCCGCGGAACCCCGACGUCGGCAGCAGCGUCGUCAAGGGCGCGCAGAUCGCCUACAUGAUCAGCCACCACCAGAAGAUCAUCGCCGUCGACCACGACAUGCCGGUGAGGGGCGGCUCCACCCGCCGCCGCAUCGUCAGCUUCGUAGGCGGCCUCGACCUCUGCGACGGACGCUACGACACCCAGUUCCACUCCCUGUUCAGGACGCUGGACACGGCACACCACAAGGACUUCCACCAGCCCAUCCUGGUGGGCGCGGCCAUCGGCAAGGGCGGGCCGAGGGAGCCGUGGCACGACAUCCACGCCAAGCUCGAAGGCCCCGCGGCCUGGGACGUGCUCUACAACUUCGAGCAGCGGUGGAGGAAGCAAGGCAGCAGCAAUGACCUCCUUGUUGAUCUCAAAGCCUUGGUGAACCUCAUCAUACCGCCAUCGCCAGUGAUGUUCCCUGAUGACCAGGAGGCAUGGAAUGUGCAGGUGUUCCGGUCCAUCGACGGUGGUGCGUGCUUCGGCUUUCCUAGCACCCCCGAGGAUGCUGCUCGGUCUGGCCUUGUCAGUGGCAAGAACAACAUCAUUGACAGGAGCAUCCAGGAUGCCUACAUCCACGCGAUACGCCGCGCCAAGCACUUCAUCUACAUCGAGAAUCAAUACUUCCUUGGCAGCUCAUUCGCUUGGAAAGCUGAUGGCAUAAAGCCGGAAGAAAUUGAGGCGUUGCAUCUGAUUCCCCGUGAGCUUUCGCUGAAGAUCGUGAGCAAGAUCGAGGCUGGUGAACAUUUCGCGGUCUAUGUUGUGCUGCCAAUGUGGCCGGAAGGUGCUCCUGCAGGUGCAUCUGUGCAGGCAAUACUAGAUUGGCAGAGGAGGACCAUGGACAUGAUGUACCAUGACAUUGCCGUUGCUCUUGAGGGGAAGAGGAUCGACGCGAACCCCAAGGAUUACCUCACAUUCUUUUGCUUAGGGAACAGGGAGGUGAAGAGGAGUGGCGAGUAUGAACCUGCAGAGCAGCCAAUGGAAGGGUCAGACUACGAGAGGGCACAGAAGGCUCGGCGGUACAUGGUCUAUGUUCACUCCAAAAUGAUGAUAGUCGAUGACGAGUACAUCAUUGUCGGAUCAGCCAACAUCAACCAACGGUCAAUGGACGGGGGCAGGGACUCUGAAAUCGCCAUGGGUGCAUUCCAGCCACACCACCUGAACACCGAAGACCAGGUUGCCAGAGGGCAGAUCCAUGGUUUCCGGAUGUCGCUGUGGUAUGAACACCUCGGCAUGCUGCACGAUGAUUUCCUGAAGCCAGGGAGCCUGGAGUGCGUCCAGAGGGUGAACAAGAUGGCUGACAAGUACUGGGACCUCUAUGCUAGUGAUGAACUCAACGACGACCUGCCCGGGCACCUUCUCACCUAUCCGGUUGCCGUGACGAAGGACGGUAUAGUGACAGAGCUGCCAGGGAUGAAAUGCUUUCCCGACACGCAGGCUCCCGUGCUUGGAAUGAAAUCUAAUUACAUGCCUCCCAUUCUCACCACAUAGAGAGCACCCCAAAUUCUGCACUUCAGCAAGUGUAUGUAGGCUAUUCUAUUGCUGUUACCUCUACAUGAUGUUUCUGUCCGGUAUUUGGCUGAUCGGCUUAUCUGAAGUCUGAACAUUUUAGCUAGUCUAGCCCUUGCAUGAUGCAUGCUUAUGAGUACUGAAGUCUGAACUCGGAAGAUUUUUUUAAUGCUUCACUUGAGAUUGGACUGAAUCAGUAGUUGUCCACACUUCAGACUUU